UUACAGAAAGUGACUGAUGAAUUGAGGGCGGCUGUACCUAGUACGGAAGACUAGAUACACGUUUGCUAUUUCGUCCUACUUCUCGUACAUUUUGCAAAGUUGCGAAAUAUAGAAAGUGCUUGUAAAUACGUCGAGCAGGACUUGUAUAACGAAAUCGGAACGAACUGUGCUUCGAACUAAUCAACCAUGUCGGACGACGAAUAUAAUGAGGAAGAAGAGUACGGUGAUGAAGGAGGUGAUGAUCAGUACGGGUACGAUCAAGACGCAGAGGGAGGGGACGGUGGAUAUGAUGGUGGAGAUGAUGAUGGAUACAAUGGUGGAGAUUAUCGAGGCUAUGACUAUGAUCAAGGAGAUGAGGGAGAGCAGGAAGAGCAGGAAGAGCCUGAGCCUGAGGAGCCUGAGUACGAUGACUAUGAGGAAGAACCACCAGAAGAACCUGAGGAGGAGCCGGAAGCCGGUUACGACGAAGCAGAAGAGCGUGGUUACCUGAAUCAAGAAGAUGAUGAAGAUGAAGGCCCUAUUGUGGAAGAACAAGCUGUAGCUGCUUCUACCAAUGCUGAAGAGCCAGGAGGUGGCGGUGGUAGCGGUGGCGCAGGUUUUGGAAGCAUCGUGAGAGGUGCUCUGGAUGGUUUUGGAGGAUCGAAUUUUGGCGACAUUAUGGGCUCGAUAAGUCAAAUAGCUGGUGGCCAAGGAGGAUUGACCAACAUCAUGUCAUCUGGAGGAAUGGAAUCAAUGGUAGAAAGGAUGAUUGGUUCAGCGGCGCAUAGAUUCCUUAAUAUUAAUCCAGAAACCGGCGCUAUUCUUGGUGCCAUAGCCGGAGAUAUCAUCUUCAACCUGGGAGGAAGAGGGAACUCCCUAACGACCAUAGGAAAAGUUGUCUUGGAAAAUCUUAUAAGCGGCAAGUAUAGGAGAGAUGUGCAUCCUUUUGUACCUCCUGUUCCCACACCUGGUGCCACCACUUUUGGAUUGAACUUUGAGCAGGAACGUCAAAAGUGCCUACAAAACAAGACUCUUUUUGAAGAUCCAGAGUUUCCUGCUACAGAUCGAAGCAUCUACUAUAAAAAUGCUCCGGAUAGAGAUGUGGAAUGGAAGAGGCCUGGUCAAAUCGUAGACGAUGCACAACUGAUCGUAGGUGAAAAAUCUCGUUUUGACGUUAAACAAGGUGCCCUGGGUGAUUGCUGGCUUUUGGCUGCGGUUGCUAACCUCACACUUAGAGACGAGCUGUUCUAUAGGGUCGUGCCACCCGAUCAGAGUUUCACAGAUAACUACGCUGGCAUUUUCCAUUUCCAAUUUUGGCGGUAUGGAAAGUGGAUUGAUGUGGUUAUCGACGAUCGUUUGCCGACUGUAAAUGGACGGCUUUAUUACAUGCAUUCUCAAUCCCAUAACGUAUUCUGGAGUGCUUUACUAGAAAAGGCUUACGCAAAAUUAUAUGGAUCUUAUGAGAAUCUCGAAGGAGGAACUACGGCUGAGGCUCUUGAAGACUUUACUGGAGGUCUUACUGAGUUCUACAAUCUUCGCAAAACCGACAAAUCCACUAUUCUGGCUAUGAUGAUCAGAGGAUUUCAAAUGGGAUCACUUUUUGGCUGUAGUAUCGAUGCUGACCCACACCAGAAAGAAGCUCCUUUGGAGAAUGGCCUCGUACGUGGUCAUGCUUACAGUAUUACUGCUCUGCAUACUGUACAAGGACCCCAUGGGGAAACUCCACUUAUUAGAAUAAGAAACCCUUGGGGCAACAGCAAGGAAUGGAACGGGGCCUGGAGCGACGGAUCGCCGGAGUGGAAUUACAUAGAUAGUGCCAAAAGAGAGGAGCUAGGCGUAAAUUUCUCUAACGAUGGGGAAUUUUGGAUGUCAUUUGAUGACUUUUACACCAAUUUUAUGGAAAUGGAAGUCUGUAAUAUGUCAGCUGCUAUAAUGAACGAAAUCUCGGAGAUGACUGGGGUAGAAGUAUCCGAACAUCAAGCCCAUCGAUGGGAGGAGAAGGCCGAAGAUGGCGAAUGGAGCACGCAAAGGGGAACCGCUGGUGGUUGUGCCAACAAUCCUGACUCCUAUGCUCGAAAUCCGCAAUUCGGCACUUAUUUUGUUGUGACUGAGGAUUCCGUUGAACAAGAUGGCAAAUGCACAGUGAUAGUUGCUGUACUGCAGAAAUAUCGUAGAGAAAUGAGGACAGUUGGAAAAGAUAGUCUACCUAUAGGGUUUGCCGUCUAUCCAGCUGAAUCUGCCAGUCAACCCGCGUCUGCUGAUUAUCUGCUUGGUAGAAAACCGACAGCUCGCACUAAAGUUUUCAUCAAUAUGCGAGAGGUGACCUGCCGUUUCCGAGUGCCAGCUGGAAACUACAUCAUCGUUCCCUGCACUUUCGAACCUGGAUGUGACGGAGAAUUCCUUUUACGGAUAUACGUGAACGGAAAGCUACAAGCUAGCCGCCUGCAAUAACACUCCGUCUCAUGGUGAUAUAUGCAGCACCCUGCCAGAGUGCUUUUUUUAAUAUAAUGUAAUUAUAACUGUGGUCGGACGCAUAAUAAAUGGUUUGGGUACUAAGCUUCUCAAAUUUUUUGGGAGUUUUGGGAAGCUCAAUUAGAUGGAUGAUUUUGCACUUCCCUAUUUUGCUGUCUCUAUUACCAAGGUGUCCUAAGUUAUUGGUGCAAAUAUCUCAGCAUGAUGACAUUUUUGUUUACGCAUGAAUUCGUGAAUGUCAGCGCCAUAUUCUGAAGCAUGGAGAAUUUCUUACAG